CAAGGAAUGAACGUCCCCAUGAACACAACACCAACAUGCGCGUCCUCACUUUUGUUUCGCAUAUUAAAUUCAGUUUUCACUUGAACCGGAAGUAUGCGACCGUUUCCACCUCAUUCAUUCAUUUCAUAUCGUUUUGCGCCGAAUGAAGUCGCUCGUAUUCACCAGGAAAGAAGAUUAUUUUCACGCGAGAAGAUUUUAAUGAUUAAAUACAGAAGACAAAGAGGAGUGGUUGUGGAAUCCGCCAGCCGCGAGAAGGGUCGAGGACUUUGGACUUUCCGCACAUGUGAAGAGUACGCGAACGCAGCACUAAUCGCGCCAUCUGCAUUGUGCGGCGGGCGUCUCCGCGGCCAUGGUAACACUUCAUCGUGGAGCAAACAUUUGCUCUUCACGCAGCUGUCAUGCACCAUGAAUUUGUCCGAGAUCUAUGACAACGCCAAAAAGGGUCGCGAGUACGCUUUGCUGGGCAACUACGACUCGUCCAGCGUGUACUACCAGGGCGUCCUGCAGCAGAUCAACAAGCACUUCCAGACCCUCAAGGACCCGGCGCUGAAAGUCCGAUGGCAGCAGGUGAGAGAGGAGCUGAGGCAGGAGUGGGAGCAGAUAAAAAGCAUCGUGGCUGUGCUUGAAGGCUUUAAGACCGAGAAGCCGGUGAGCGUGCCCGUUCCUCAGUCAGGGGGGAGCGCCGAGGACCCGGCUGCGUGGCCUCCCCCCAUGCCCGCGGAGCACAGGAAUCCUGUCGCUGCAAAGCGUCCCAACAGUGGCGUGAAGUACCAGAAGAAAGACUCCCCUGGUCUGCAGCAUCGAGGCGACGGACAAGAAGUCCGCGGGCAGGCCAGAACCAAGGCAGAGCGUGGACGCAACGUGAAAUCCAACGAUGAGGGAAAGAAGGCUGAAAAGGAGCAGAAAAGGUUUGAUGGUGUGGGACACGACAGCGACCUGGUGGAGUCGCUCGAGCGAGACAUCGUGUCCCGCAACCUGAACGUGCACUGGAACGACUUAGCGGAUCUGGAGGAUGCUAAGAAGUUGCUGAGAGAGGCUGUGGUCCUGCCCAUGUGGAUGCCUGACUUCUUCAAGGGCAUCCGCCGGCCCUGGAAGGGUGUGCUGAUGGUGGGGCCCCCGGGCACGGGGAAGACCAUGUUGGCCAAAGCCGUGGCGACCGAAUGCGGCACGACGUUCUUCAACACGUCCUCGUCGACGCUGACUUCCAAAUACAGAGGCGAGUCCGAGAAACUCGUCCGGCUGCUCUUCGAAAUGGCCCGCUUUUACGCACCGACGACCAUCUUCAUCGACGAAAUCGACUCCAUCUGUAGCAGGAGGGGAACGUCCAAUGAACAUGAAGCCAGUCGCAGGGUCAAAUCCGAACUUCUGAUUCAAAUGGAUGGUGUGGGUGGCGCCCAGGACAACGACGACCCCUCAAAGAUGGUCAUGGUCCUCGCCGCCACCAACUUCCCGUGGGACAUUGACGAGGCGCUGCGCCGACGCCUGGAGAAGCGGAUCUACAUCCCUUUGCCGACAGCUGUGGGUCGCGUGGAACUUCUCAAGAUCAACUUGCGAGAGGUGGAGUUGGCCGCCGACGUGGACCUGGACCUUAUCGCCGAAAAGACGGAGGGCUACUCCGGAGCAGACAUCACCAACGUCUGCAGGGACGCGUCAAUGAUGGCCAUGCGGCGGCGGAUCCAGGGCCUGACCCCGGAGGAGAUCCGAGCCCUGUCCAAAGAAGAGCUGCAGAUGCCCGUGAUGAUGGAGGACUUCACGCUGACGCUCAGGAAGAUCUCCAAGUCGGUGUCCGCCGCGGAUCUGGAACGAUACGAAGCCUGGAUGUCCGAGUUUGGUUCGGGGUGAAGCGCUCCGGGGACGACUGUUGACUAACCUCUAAUCCUGAUGUCUAGUUUGCCAGAUGAAUACGCGAGAGGGUUUCAAAACCUCUUUGGGUUCGCCGCAAGCCCUUCAUUUGUUGCGAGUAAGUUUUUAAACGACGGCUGAAGUGGACUCUCCUGCUUUUGUCGUCAACUCAGGAUGGACAGUGAACCAUAAUGAUCCGGUCAGGACUUUUCAGAAAAUAUUCUUUGCGGAACGGAGACGGCUUUUGGCGCUGCCCGUUGCGCGUGAACCUCACCGACGCCGAACGGCGGCGCUAAGUCGAGCCGGCGACGUUCCGCCUCGGAAUUGGUAGCAGAGCCGGCGGAGCGAUGGCGGGAUGCCGCCGGCGUUUCAGGGAAUGCCAGCACAGGCGCGCUGUGACAUGUUUUAGCGCUUCAGCGGAACCACCGCCUCGCGUGCGCCGCCGGACCUUGCGGGGAUGUUUGCGACGUUUCCUCAAAACCAAUAAAUAAGUAGAUGCCCUUCA